UCUGUUCUAUACAAAAAUUAAUGUUUUAAAAGUGGAAGAACUAUGUUGGCAAAAGUUUUGCUGGUGAGCCUUUUCCCGGUAGUGUUGUGCGUUGGGUCCGGACCACAGUUAUCUACCGGUGAAGCAUCGAGUGCCAAUCUAACGCAUGCGGUCAUACGGCAGCACGAUCCAAACGCAGGGUGCGAGCAAAAUGAAGCCUGUACGGUUGCCGUGGAAUGUGCGUCAGAUGCUGAAGCGAAAGCAAACAUGAUGCCAUGUUCCAGUGCGAGCGGCGUGGUUGGAGUUUGCUGUCCCACCAGCCCUAACCACCGCCACAAACGGUCCCUGAAGCCUGGCGGUGAGUAUUUUUUUCUAAGUGCAAUCCACGAUGGUCGACGACAGUACGACGAACAAUUGCGCCAUAUGCACAAACACCGCGCAACGAUGACUGCCAAGCAGAAACCGGAAUCCAUGUUCCAUCGGCUUCUGCAACCAACGGGACUAGGACACGGACACUUUAAGGACCUGACACAACAAGCCGAUAUAUAUGGACAUGUCUAUGCCAGCCGAAAAUACGCCGAUAUGACCCAUAUGAGCUUGGAAGAACGGCAAGGUGAUUUAUUUAUCAGGGGUCCUAGGAACGUGGAACCGAUGGUGGUGUGGUGCGACCCAUAUGCUCGCUACCGUACCAUCGAUGGGUCGUGCAACAACCCACUGCCGGAUCGGGCCGGCUGGGGUUCAGCUGGCUACCCGUUCGAGAGGCUUCUGCCACCGGCGUACGAAGAUGGAGUAUGGGCGCCAAGAAUUCAUUCGGUGACCGGCAACCUGCUGGCCAGCACCAGAACCAUCUCCGCCGUGCUGUUUCCGGACGUCGACCAUCCGGAUCCCCAUCUGAACAUCCUAUUCAUGCAACUUGGUCAGUUUGUAACCCACGACAUAACCCUCAGCCAAAGCAUCCCGCUGGACAAUGGUGAAGACGUCGAAUGCUGCACUCCGGAUGGCUCCCGAGCUCUGUACGGAGAAGAGCUACACUUUGCCUGUAUGCCCAUCGAAAUCAGCCCGUACGAUCCGUUCUACUCCCGGUUCGGCGUUAGUUGCAUGAACUUUGUCCGUAUCAAGCUGGCAUGCGGAUCAGAAUGUACACUGGGCUACGGCACUCAAGGCAACUCGGUGACUCACUUCAUAGAUGCAUCUCCGGUUUAUGGUUCGUCGGACUUUGUGGCAGCUUCUGUCCGAUCGUUUCACCAGGGUCAACUACGUGCGUCGUAUCCAACAGGAAUCGAAUUGCCUCCGUUCGCUAGCAAUCCACGAGACUGCGUACCAUGGGCUCGAGUGUGCUUCGAAACCGGCGAUAUACGAGUGAAUCAGUUACUUGCGUUGACUCAGGUUCAAACACUGUUUCUGAGGGAACACAACCGACUCGCAAAGGGGUUGAGCCACGUCAAUCCUCACUGGGACGAUGAGAAACUGUAUCAAGAGGCGAGGAAGAUUGUGAUUGGCGAAUACCAGAACCUGGUAUUCAACGAGUACCUCCCUCUUCUACUAGGUAGGAAGAAGGCGCAACAACUGAUGGAUCCUCCGCAUGGUCAUACGUACUUCUACAAUGCAAAUCUCCCACCAAUGACGCUGACGGAGUCCGCGGUGGCAGCCUUCCGUUUUGGUCACUCCACUAUCGACGGAUUCUUCCGUCUUCUGUACCGGGAUGCACCACCGGAGAUCGUUCCCAUUGCGGACGUCUUCACCGAUCCGUCCAAGAUUUUGGAACCGAACAGCUUCGACCGUAUGAUGCACUCUUUUGGGGAACAGCCGCAGCAGCAGGUGGACAACUACAAAACCUACGGCGUCACCCGAUUUCUGUUACCUGAGGGAAAACCGUAUGGGUCAGAUUUGGCCGCGAUAAACAUGCAACGGGGCCGAGACUUUGCCAUGCGUCCGUACAACGAUUACCGAGAAUUGGCGGGACUCCCUCGGGUGACGGAUUUCCGACAAAUGGGCGAAAUGGCUGAGCUGCUGGCGCAGGUUUACGAGUCUCCCGAUGACAUCGAUCUUUGGCCAGGUGGUCUGUUGGAACCGCCAGGGAAUGGUGCCAUAGUGGGCCCAACGUUCAGUUAUUUGAUAGCAGAAAUGUUCUCUCGGCUUAAAUUCGGGGACAGGUACUACUUCACCAAUGGUCCGGAGGUAAAUCCGGGUGCUUUUACGCUGCAGCAGUUGAGUGAAAUUCGACGGACCUCGCUGGCCAGUUUAAUCUGUGCCAAUGUGGACAACUGGUACGAUUUUUACCAGACUCCAAAAGCAUUCCUUCGUUCAAGUUGGGAUAACGAACCGAUUCCCUGUGCGAGCCAUUACUCGUUGGACUUGGACGCUUGGCGCGAUUGAACUUUUGGAUGCGUCCUAAAUUUGUGUUUCAGUGUUCAAUGGAAGCAUUGAUUUAGAAAAUGUUUGUUUGACUUUUUAGGGCUUAUUUUAUGAAAAUAUAACUUUUAUUGACCAGCUUGU